UCCUCGAGUCCCGUCGGAGCGGCGCGCUACUGACGACGAGUCAAGAGUCAAGACUGACUGCUAUACUAUUCGCGAUGAAGUCCUUUUUGCUCGCAAACCCAGGAAAGACCUUUGUCCCGUUGGUGUGGGUCAGAUACCCCGUACUUCAACUAACCUGCCGACCGCUUUCCCCUACACUCAACAGAACCAGUUCAUCGGAGGUCCCACGCUUCCCCCCUCAUUCAGGAUCCUUCGCGCCUGCUGCGAUCUGGAUUCGGAUGAUCAAUCGAGCGGCUUUUUGUCCAGUUCUUCCUGGGUGAUCCUCUAUCCGGUUGGGGAUUUUCCUUCGAUCGGCUUCUCCUCCUAAGAGGUUCCACUAGUAUGCUCAUCCUACUUGAUGCCAGAAAUCCAGAGUCAUUUUAACUACUUUUAUAGCAGAAAGAACACUUCAAUUCCAUUAACUCACAGCUUCAAGUUCAUCAUCCUCUGUCUCUGCUCAACCAAUAAUACAGAUUUCAGUCACACAUACAGAAAUGGGUAACACUGUUGCCGAGGAAGACAUAGAAGACAUACCAAAUUCAGAUGCAAAUCCACCAAUUUUGACUGAAUAUCACAUCACAGUCCCUACCCUUCACGACGGACUAAUGCAAGGGGAACACCAACACGAGAGAAGGCUUCUGGAUUUCCUGAAAGCAACGCCUUCAGUGCAAUGGCUGAAGGACAUCAACGUCUGCGCGCCACUGGGAAAAUUUCAGCUGCCAUCGAUCGGCGUCCACCGCUACCUCCAUGUCCACUUCAUCAGAACUGUCGACUGGAGCUCACUGCUCGCCAUCUGCAAGAACCACCUCAAGCAUCCCCUCAACAUCGCCCUACUCAUCUGGCUGCUCUGCGUCGCCGCCGCCGGCGCCAUGCUUGGGCUGCUCCUGUUGGGGCUGCUGAAGAAGGCAUUCCCUUCCAGGGCACUGAGGCACCACUGGAUAGAGAUCGACAACCAGAUCCUCAACGCGCUCUUCACGCUCAUGAGCAUCUACCAGCACCCCAUCCUCGUCCACCACCUCGUUCUCCUCUGCCGGUGGCAGCCGGAGGACGCCGCCGAGGUAAGAAAGGUGUACUGCAAGAAUGGCGCCCGCCGUCCCAACGAGCGAGCGCACAUGUCCUUCGUGGUGGCCCUCCUCCACAUUACAUGCAUUUCGCAGUACAUGGAGUGCAGCCUCUACUGGGGCUACCCAAGCAGGUCACGCUCCGAGUUCGCCGAGAACUUCUUCUUCAUCCUCGGCGUCGCCGCGCCGGUCGUCGCCGGCGCUCAUAUGGUGUACAGCCCUCUAGGCAGAGACGACGACGUCGCUGCCGCCUCCUGCGAAGAGGCCAAGCAGCUCCACUCAGCCGGAGCCGAAGAAUCGCCGGAAGAAACGACGGCUGUCGGCAACCCGAUGUGGGCGGGGGAGCUGCUGGACUGCGGCGAGGACCCGGCGGCGUGCUACCUGUCGUUCCUGUGCACGUUCUGCGUGUUCGGCUGGAACAUGGAGCGGCUCGGGCUGGGCAACAUGUACAUGCACACCGCCAUGUUCCUGCUGCUGUGCGUCGCGCCCUUGUGGGUGUUCAACGUCACGGCGCUCAGCAUCCACGACUACGCCCUCAGCGACGCCUUCGGCGCCGCCGGGGUGGUGCUCUGCUUCCUCGGCCUCCUGUACGGCGGUUUCUGGAGGAUCCAGAUGAGGAAGCGGCUCGGGCUGCCCCGGAGCAGGUGGUGCUGCGGCUCGUCGUCGCUGACGGACUACGCGCAGUGGCUGCUCUGCUGGCCGUGCGCGCUCGCGCAGGAGGUGCGCACGGCGAACCUGUACGGCCUGAGGGACGACGGCGGUCUCUACGGGAAGCUGGUGGACGGCGGUGACCCGGAGCGAGGGCCGGACGUGCCGGUCUGCGUUGGGAUGCACGAGGGGAUCGAUGCUGCCGUCCAUCUCGCGGUGGACGGCGAGAUGAUCCCGCCCGUCCAGCCGGUGGUAGAGUCUGGACGGCAGAGGCAAGCCGGCGCCGAAGAAAUUGUUGCAAAUGGCAGUAGCGUCCAGCUCCAAAGUUGACCGCAGCUAUUGGAUGGUGACUGAUGCUGUAUACUUAUGCGAAAGCUGACGGAUAGAUUCUUGCUUUUCGUGAUCGAUGUCACCAUUUUGACAUUGUUAUGCUCCUGGUUUGUCAUGUUCUGCACAGGACUUUAGGUCGUCAGUCAUUACUUAGUCCAGUUUUAUUCAGAUCAUCUACCUUGACACUCCAACAGAUGUCAUCUUUCAUUGAUUCUUUUUGUAUUGCACGUUACUAGAAGAAGAAGAAGAAAGUCUCUCUUGAUUAUUUUGAGAGGCACCUACUA